AUGGCUCGAGGGAAUAUUGGAAAGGUGAUUGUUGUGGGCGCUGGUCCCGUUGGGCUGCUGACAGCUCUCCUACUGGCCAAGAAGGGCAUUCCUGUCGAGAUCCUUGAAGCACAAUCCAAGGUCAAUGAGUCCCCGCGCGGCCUCGCUUACGGGUUGCCAGCUGUAAAAGUUCUACAGAGAGCUGGCGUGCUCGAAGAGACCAUCAAACGAGGGUUUAUUCCAAAGGACGUAGCCUGGAGACAUCCAGAUGGAGAAUACAUCAUUGGAUUCAACAGGUUAGAGGCGUUGGCCGAUGGCUUGCCGCGAAGCGUCGUGUUGCCCGUGGGGUCGCUGUCUACUCUUUUGUUGGAAGAAGUUCAAAAGUAUUCGAACGCGACCAUACAUUGGGGUCAUCGGGUCAUUGGAGUUGGUCAAGACGAUAACAAUGGCUGGGUUGACGUGGAAGAGCAUGGUUCUACACUUACUAAGCGACUGCAUGCCAAAUUUGUUAUUGGAUGUGACGGAGCAGGCAGCGCUGUAAGAAAGGCUUUGUCUGGUGGGAGCUUCCCUGGAUACACCUGGCCUCAGACCUUAGUCGCCGUCAAUGUGAGCGCGGAUUUCGACAAAUUGGAAUUCUCCGACGUCCAGUGGAUCAUUCAUCCCGAAAAUUGGUUUGUUAUUGCUAGAAUCGACAAAAGGGGGUUGUGGCGCGUCGUCUACGGCGAGGCUCCCGGACUCUCAGCUGAAGAAAUCCGAGCCCGUCUGCCCGAUAGAUUCCGGAAAACACUACCUGGCCACCCUGAGCCAGAGGAGUAUCGGAUCCAAAACGUCACCCCAUACACCGUUCACCAGCGUUGCGCAGAGAAGAUGAGGGUGGGGAGGGUGCUGAUGGCAGGCGAUGCUGCGCAUCUCAAUAACCCAAUGGGUGGACUUGGGCUCACAACGGGAGUUUCAGAUGUCGGUAGUCUUAUUGACUGCUUAUAUGGGAUCCACGACGGAAAAGCGUCGUUGGACAUCCUCGAUAAGUACGACGAGAUACGACGAAAGAUAUUCAAUCAAGUCACCGAUGUAACUUCGACUGCAAAUUUCAGGCGGAUUAUGCAGAGCUCAGAGAAUGUCGCUGGCAGUGAUCCCUUCUUUCAGCUGCUAGCCAAAGUAAAAGAGGAUCCAAAUGUGGCAGCUGCCCUGUUGAGUCACGAAUUAAGCAUCGGUUGUGACAUGACACAAUUCUAUGACAAAGUAAUCACAAGAAAUUAG